AUGAUCACAGACGCUGUGAUUGAAGGGGACAAGGUCGUUCUGGUACCAUACAGAAAUGAACAUGUCGAGAAAUACCACCAAUGGAUGUCUGAUCCAAGGUUACUAAAGCUGACCGCGAGCGAGCCUCUCACACUCGGGGAAGAGUACGAGAUGCAGAAGAAAUGGAGAGAAGAUCCUGACAAAUUGACUUUCAUCAUACUGGCUGUGGAAAGGAAAGGAGAUCCAUCGGAUUACCCAAUGGUUGGCGACGUGAAUUUGUUCUUAAAAGGUCAUCCAAGCGACGAGGACUUCGAAGCCGAAGUCGAGAUAAUGAUUGCAGGCACCGAUUACCGCAGGCAGGGGCUUGCAGUUGAGGCUUUACGACUCAUGUUGACCUAUGCGACCGGAUUGCCCAGCGCCUUCAUGUGUCCGCCACUGUCACGGUCAGUUCCUCCGCCACCAAAACCGCUUCCCAUACCACCACAAAGUCUGGUCGCAAGAGUCGCCCAGGAUAAUCGACCAAGCAUCUCUUUGUUCGAGAAGCUUCAAUUCUCGGCAGUCCGGGUUGUGCACGUUUUCGGCGAGGUAGAAAUGCGGUUCGGUGGCGGUGGGGUACCUAUAUACGACAAGUAA